CUAGGCGUGGGCACCUUUGGCGAAGUGUCACGAGCUCGCCACAUCGAGACGGGCGCAGACGUCGCGCUCAAGAAGAUCAAAUUUCAAGCCAAUGACGCCUCCAAUGGAAUGCCCAUCACAGCCAUUCGCGAGAUCAAGCUGCUCAAGAGACUUGCACACCCCAAUGUGUGUCCCGUCAUUGACAUGGUCUAUGAACCAGCAAGCUCGCCAACAGGGGCAGGGACAGUCUACAUGGUCCUGCCCUACAUGCAGCACGAUCUCAAUGGCCUCCUCGAGCGGCUCGACAGCGAAGACAAGCCCUUUACUCCGGCCCAAAUCAAGCUCUACAUGAAGCAGCUUCUCGAAGGUACCCUUUAUCUGCAUCAGAACAAAAUCUUGCACCGAGACAUUAAGGCGGCCAACAUCCUCAUCUCCAAUGACGGCUCGUUGCGCAUUGCAGACUUCGGCUUGGCUAGAGCCUACCAUGACCCGGGAGACGACACGCAAGGGGGCAUACCCGCGUGGAAGAUGGACGCCCGCACAGGUCAGUCGGGUUGGAAGGGCGGAGACGUAAAUUACACAGGCAUGGUCGUCACUCGAUGGUACCGCCCGCCAGAAUUGCUCGCCGGAGAGCGCAAGUACGGACCCGCCGUUGACAUGUGGGGCAUGGGCUGUCUGCUGGCCGAGAUGAUCUUGCGCCGCCCCCUGUUCAAAGGCUCGUGCGAAGUCAACCAGCUCGAGCUCAUCGCCGAUCUCUGCGGCUCACCGGAUGAUGCUACUUACCCAGGCUGGACCUCUCUGCCCGGCGUCAAGAACUUCGACCACAACGGCAAGAGCACAGACGAGCGCGGUCGCGUCGACUUUGGUCGCAAGCGCCGAAUGGUCAGAGAACGCUUCCAAGGCAUGGUACGCACAGAGCUGGCAGACCUCAUUGACAAGCUGCUCAUCCUCGAUCCACGUCAACGUCUCACGGCGGAGGGUGCGCUCCGUCACCCUUGGUUCGAUGUCGAGCCCCUGCCUGCCGACCCG